AUGAAAGGAAUCGCAAUCGCGAUUCCGGCAAGAACUUUCACCCCCAACCCGGAGUUCGUGGCAGGCGCGGCCGCAGCGGGAAGCGGAGUGGCUGCAUCCGCCUCGCCUGCCAUUACCGCCGUGGGUGUAAGUGUAGUAAAAGUUGCGGCGAAGGUAGGCGGGGUUGGAGGCGUGGGAGCAACAGGGGCGGUUGGAAGAGUUGUAACCGAGGGAGGAAUAGGAGGCGGCGGCGGUGCAGAGCCUGGUGGAGGAACGGGUGGUGCAGAACCUGGUGGAAGUGGUGGUGCAGAACCUGGCGGCGGAACAGGGGGUGGAGGCGGCGCUGAACCCGGAGGAGGUGGAGGCGGCGCUGGGCCUGUAGGGGGUACUGGAGGAGCCGGUGGUGGUGGCACUGGGUCUGUAGGUGCGGAUGGUGGUGCAGGUGGAGGAGGUGGUGCUGGACUCCUAGGGAGAACAGUCGGUGGAGGAGGCGGAGGUGCUGACCCCGUAGGAGGGAUCGGAGGCGCAGCUGGAGGAGGAGGAGGCGUCGAUCCCGCAGGCGGUGGGGGAGGAGGUGCAGGACCCGUGGGAGCGGGCGGUGGAGGGACCGGUCCGGUUGGUGGCGGCGGAGGGGGGACCGGAGGAGAAGCUGGAGGAGGAACCGGAGGAGCAGCAGGUGGAGGCGGCGGAGGAGGUGCCGAUCCCGCAGGCGGUGGUGGAGGCGGUGCAGGACCUGUGGGAGCAGGUGGAGGAGGAGGAGGUGCCGGUCCCGUAGGCGGAACAGGCGGCGGCGGUGGCGGCGGUGCUGGUCCAGUAGGCGGAACAGGCGGCGGUGGCGGCGGAGGUGCCGGUCCAGUAGGCGGAACUGGAGGAGGUGGCGGUGGAGGAGGCGCUGGAUCUGUGGGAGGUAUUGGAGGCGUAGGAGGUGGAGGAGGCACUUGUGGAUAUGGGCUCCUCACAACAACUGCCCUCCCUAUGAUGUGA